UUUUAUUAAAAUUUUAGAAAAGAUCUAAGAAAAUGUCCGCAAUCGUAAACACAUUAGUCAUAUAAUACAAGUUAUGCUGCUGACUUUAUCUUACAUCAACAUACUGUUGUUAUUCGUUACUUUGUUUUUCUUUACUCACUAAUACAGAAGAUAACCCGAACCGUAAUUAUAUAGAUCUAGGUCUAGAUCUAGAUCUAUUGACAGUAGAUAAUGGAAGAAGAUGAUUCGUCUGACACAACACAGACUCAGACUGAAAACGAUGACACAGCCGCUGAAGAUUUGGAAAGACUUGAAAGAUCUGCCGUACUUGGAUUUGUACCGCAAAAAGAAUUAGUGUACAACAGCUUAUUGCCAUAUGCCAAAGAUGUAGAUAUAGAAUCCAAUCUAAACUUUGCGGAAAUCAAAGCCAACCUUGGCAGGGCAGCUCAGCUAAGAGAUUUAAAAGUAGGAGUUCGACAUUGGAUGGUACAAUUAGAAAGAUUUAUCACCCUGUAUGGAUACAAGUUUUCAAAGACAGACCAUAUUCUUCUUGUCAAGCUCAUGCUAGAAAUUCUCACAAUGAGCACCCAAGAGUAUGCCCUGGUUGAAAAAGCAGCCACAAUGCUGACAUUGCUGUUGAGAAAGAGGAGCCUUUUAUCCAGAGAAGAUUUGACAAUAUCCUGGCAACCACUGUAUAAAAUUGUCAAAGCAUGCAGCAAUGAAAAGAGGGGUUUUCCUGUUUUUCCUGCUAAAUUUCAACAGAAUUUAAAGAAUACUGUAGUAUCGUGCACACCAUACUUUCAUGAAGAUGCCACCCAAGAAAUGCUUGAUGAAUGGCGACCAUGGUUGUGUCCCUUUGACAUGUAUGUUAUUGGUGGGCUCCAGUGUCUAGACUACUUUCUUCCUACCAGUCUACCUCCAGAACUGCAUCAUAAAGGAUUUAAACUGUGGCUAGAUGAACUUUUGCAGCUGUGGUUGUCAUUUCAAAAUAUGCCAUCAUGGGAGGCUAACUUAGUCAGUUUGUUUUCCAAGGUUGCUCAUGAUAACAUUGGCUACAUUGAUUGGACACCUUAUGUUCCUAUGAUCUUCAAUCGCCUAUUAAGGAGUUUUUGUCUUCCAGUUGGUACAAGACAGCUAGUGCCAAGCCGUAAUCACACUACUUAUGAAAUAGCUCAAGUCUCAACUUGGAUAGUCAGCAUGAUGGGAGGCAGCAAUCACAGCGUGGUUCAAGAACAUGUCACCAAACUGUUUAAAGCUUUACAUUCUUUCUACCAUCCGUCUAAUGUGGGGCGAUGGACGAUGCGACUAGGCUCAUUCCUUCAAAAUCUUCCAAAAAUGUUUGUCAAGCGUUUGCGAAGAGAAAGAUACAAAGAUAUGAAGUGGCUGACACCUGUACCAGAGGCCUACAAACUGACAGAAGCUCAAGUCACAGGCUUUGUAGAGAGUUUAAAAUCAGCUGUGUUUGUGGCCAUGUUCAGCAAAUUUGGAAGUCAUGAUGCCUCCAUGGCCUUGCGCAGUUUGGCCACCUUGAGGCCAGAGAUUGUUAUACCACCUUUACUGGAAAAGAUGUAUCCAGCCAUGGAGACUUUAAUAGAGCCUCAUCGCCUGAUAGCUUGCAUGAUUUGCAUUGUGUCUGUAGUCAGGCCUAUGCUGACUUCCACCAAAUAUUAUCCAGAGGGUCAGUCUCAUGUGCUUCCUCUUCUGAAUCUUUCUUUGCCUGGCAUUGACCCAAAUGACUUUAAGAAAACUUUGGUCACUCUACAGAUGAUCUCAAACUUUGUUGCACUCAUACCCAUAGUAGAUUCAUCAGAUGCUGUCCAUCAGUGCCCUGAUUUGACAGAGCACCAAAGAGAAAUUUGCUCUGCUACAGCACAAUUUGAAGACUUUGUUUUAGCUUUUCUAGACAGAGUGUUUAAUGUGAUAGAGAAUAGUAGUCAAGUGGCCACUUUUGGUUCAAUGGAGAAGUUGACUCCAGAGCAGACAGUCAUGGAGAUUGGCUUGGCCUCAACUGUAUCAGCUAUGUUACAACAAUGUUCAUCUCCAAUAUAUACAAGUGCCUUAAGAAAAAUUAACAACUUCAUCACUUCCAAUGUGUUUGAGGUGAAGGUCAGUGGCAAGCUAGCAGCUAAUCUGUGUAGAGCUGCUGUCAGGGUCAAUCCAGUAUUAGGACUAAAAACUUUUGUUCCACAUCUCUGCUCAAGUAUUCUUGGUUUUAUCCAUGACCAUCCUGGUGCCAAAGAUGAAGAAAUUUUAGAUAACACAUUUUUAUGGAACUUUUUGAUUUUAUCACAUGUUGUCAGGUGUGAAGGCUCUAGUCUACUUCCUUACCAAUCAGAACUUGUUGAGGUCUUGAGACACACAUUGAAGUUUAAAAGUAUUCAGGGCUAUGAGAUAGCUGGGCAGUUGCUCAAGUAUGUUCUCCGUAGCUUGACACAGAUUUACCCUCUGGAGUUCCGCAGUGUUGAUAAAGACUUUGACAGGCCUCUGAAUGAGUAUCUGCCUCUCAAUGACUGGGCUGUACCAGGUGACCUGAAGACAUUAAACGCAGGCUGGCACCUUGCUACUGAUGAAGAGCUGGACUUUGCUGAAGUUUUGGUCAAUGAGUUUUUUGUACCACAACUUCAUUUCUUCCAAAGUAUUUCCUCUGAAAAUGAGAUACCAAGAGAGGACUUAUUGCGCAGAUUGAACAUAGUUCUUGAAGUGUUGAUUGGUGCUGGCAGUCAUUUUCCUGCCUGGGAAAGUCAGAAAGUCAAUCUAAUCCAAAACCAAGUCCCUCUAUCAAGAUUCAGUUGUUUGGCCAAACCUGAUAAAAGAGUGCUAACAGCUGGUGGUAAAAAUGUACGAGCCCUUGUACAUGACACAAUGCGUCAUUUAUUGAAGUACAUAAAUGUGUCUAGAGAGGAUGAUACCAAGAGUUUGUUUCAUAUAAUUAAAAUCUAUGAAAUAAUAAUGCAACAUUAUGGAACACUCAAGUCAGAAUUUGAAAGCCGAUGGAAAAGUUUUCACAUUGUGAAAGUUGCUUUAGAAAACCAGUUGUUGACUAAGAAAAGACACCUGCGAGCACUUCUGAUUGACAGGAUACAACUGCAACAUGAGCUACGGACGUUAAACUGCUGUGAUAAAGAGUUAACUGCAAGACAUCUGGAUAUUUUAAAUGAUUUACUGGACCUGUCAGUCAACAGAUACAGGGAGGUGAGGAAGAAAGCUCAAGCUUGUCUGCAUCAGGCCUUCAGAUCUUUCACACACUCUUACAUCACUUCUGUUCCAGCAUUAGCCAAGAAUUUAAUGAACAAAGAGAUAGAGUCACACAUUUUCAAGGGCAGUCUAUAUACAAUUCAGGGAGGAGGGAACAAGGCCUGCAUGGCCAGUAAGAGAGACUGGUCAACAUUGGCCAUUUUAUGGCCAGCUUUGGUCCAAGCUGACCAGUUUGAGAAACCCAGCAUCUUGAAAGUGAUAGAAGAUAUAUUAAACAAAGUUUUUAAAAGCAUGGAGACGUUUGCCAUUACGAUAACAACAUCCGAUGAUGUGAUCAACUCAGCCACCAAGCUAUUGACUGAAGGAUCAGUUCCACUUCCUGUUUUAAAAUCUGCCACACCUGAGGAGCUACAAUCUGGUGUGGAGUUUGAAAAGUACUACAAUGAGUUAGCUCAACAAAACUUUAGUAAACUUGCAGAAGAUCUCCUGGAUCUAAUAGAAAAUGGCAAACUAACUUGGAAAUUUACUCAAAUUGGCUUUGAAUUCUUGAGCUUAUUGCUUCAUGAAGACAUGUUACCAUCUACAAGAAUUGUGUCCCUGUAUGCUAAGAACUGUGUUAAUGACCUUCUGAACAUUCGGAAGCUGUCUUGUGGUGCAUUGAUCACCAUCAUGGAGCUUCAGAAGAAGAAGACUAAGAAGAUAUUUGUUGAUAUUGAAAAAGCCGCAGGUGUUGGUCCAAUAGUUAACAGCAAACUACUUCCUGGAGACAGACCUGACAAUGCUUGGCUACAAUUCGACCCAAAGAAGUUUAUAACCAAUGAGGAAGACUGGAACAAGACUGUAUUUAUAGAGAAAACACAUUGGGGAUACUAUACCUGGCCCAAAGAACUGAAGACUUAUGCUCCUUAUCAUGAACAGCCAAAGUAUUGUAGAGAAAGGCAUGAGAUCCCAGCGGCUGAACAACCAAUUUAUGAUUGCUUCAUGAAUGAGGAAUAUGUGGAGAAACUGUUCAACUUUCUUGCACUGGAGGAAGAGAAGUCUACUGAUCACUUCCGUACAUCUGUCUUGAGGUUUUUUAAGAUGUUGUUCCACAAUUUUGAAGAUACUUUCUUGCCCAAGUUUCAAGUCCACAUAGAGAGGUUGAUAAAAGACACUAGUCAUGAUAAGCAUGCCAGUAGUCAGCGAUGUGCCAUGGAAGUCUUAGCUGGCAUCAUCACAGGCUCAAAACUCUGGCCAUACCCAAAGGUUGAGAAAUUGUGGCUGUGGAUUACACCAUUGCUGGAACACACACUUAACAACAUAACAGUGGAGACAAUAUCAGACUGGGGAAACUUCUUUCUCAACAUAUGUGAAAACCGAGCUCCUCAAAGACUUCAAUGGCUGUAUAGAUUAUUAAUAAAGAAUCCACUGAGUGGAGAAGGAGGAGCUUUUGGUGAUGCUUCGCGAUUGUACAUGCUUCAGCAAGCAAUACUUCAACAAGAAUGGAGAAUUCCAGCCUACCUCCAUGACAUAGUCAAUUACUUACGUCCACACUUGGCCCACACCUACAAAAAUGUCAGGGAUAGAAUAGCAACAUUGCUGAGCUCUUGUCUACACAAUGAUUACCAAGCUGACAGUAACAGUAAAACUCUCUCCCCCAGACGUGCUGACUUCAUUUUGUCUGUUUUGCCUGAACUAGAACAAUUUAAAGAUUAUGUUGCUUCAUAUAAUGGAGAAAGUGAUGCUGAUAGAAUUGGAUCUGAAGAGCCAGAAGAAAAAGUAAUAGCCAUAAGAUUGUGUAAAACAGUGGUUCAAUGGGUGUCAGCAACAUUCAUGAGAAGUUUAAGUCCAUGUCUUGAUGAAGUAUUUCAACUUUUACCUAUUAUUGAGAACCUUCAAAGUGAAGCCAAUGAUGAAGAUUUAAGAGAAGACUGCAAACAGGUCAUGUUGAAUCUGUCAAUGAUUCUAGUUCCAGAGAAGUCUGUAGACAUUGCCCUGGCCACAAUCAAAGAGGUGGCAGGUUUAAAGUCUUGGCAUGCCAGAGCUAAUAUACUGAACUACAUGCAGCCAAUGGUGUUUGGUAAUUUCUUCCUGCUCCAAGGAGAUCACUAUAAAAAGACAAUUCAAGCCAUGCUCUUACAUUUACUUUGUGAUGAACAGCUUGAGGUGAGAGAAAUGGCAGCAGUCACUUUGAGUGGAUUUAUACACUGUAACUAUUUAGAGCUGAACAAAGAUAUGUUGGAGCAUUUUGAAAGACUACGAAGUACUAAAGUGAAAAAGAGCCGAACCAAAGAGCAAGUCUCCCUCCAGGGGCUGAUCAAGAGACAUGCGGGUGUGCUGGGGCUCAGUGCUUGUGUCCAGGCCUACCCCUAUGAUGUGCCCGACUUCAUUCCACAAGUCCUGGUAGAUCUUAGCGUCCAUGUCAAUGACCCACAGCCCAUUGGGAUGACUGUAACCAAGACACUGUCCAACUUUCGACGCACCCAUCAUGACAACUGGCAUGACCACAAGAGAAUGUUCACUGAUGACCAGCUGGUCACUUUGACUGACCUACUCAUUUCUCCAAACUAUUAUGCAUGAUUUGAGAUGGUGUGUUUUCUACUUGUACUUUCUGUUAUUGGUAAAUUGGUCAUAUAAAACUAGCUCACCAGAAACAUCAUUGGCAUCGAACUAGAGAUUUGAUAGAUAAUGUUCAAUAGGCAUUCAACUCUCUAGAGUACUUCAGUGUCUAUCUGCUAUUGUGGUUUGGAGAAACAGAAAUAAUUAUACGUUUUUUUUUUCUUUUGAACACUGAAUAACUUCUCUUGAAAUCAGAUUAGUUAAGGUUUGUGUGUGCUGGGCACCUGGGAAUGUUUCUGCUCAAUCUAUUGUUUUGUCAACCUGCCAUAGUUUUUAUUUUCAUUUUUACUAAUUAUCUCCCUUUGUUAAUCUUAGGCAAUCUUGCCCAUCUUUUUUUUCUGUUUAAAAAAUUCAUUAUGAAUUUGUUCUUUUUUUAUUUUGUUUUUUUUACCACUUCAGGAGACAAUGAUAAGGAUUCAACUAUACAAUGAUGUAUUCAACUCUGGUCUCCCUAUUACAUCUAGCUAAUGUCAUAUAAUCUUUUAAGUUGUUUUUUUUUUUCAAAUGUAUUCAAGCUUAAGAUUUCAUUAUAAAUAUCAACUGAAGUCAAGGAAGGAAGUAAUAUCUUUCUCUCCUUUGUGGAGUUCUGAAAGCAGAAGUUAUGAAGUAUAUUUUAUCGGCAUUAUUUCCUUGUCGGUUUUGUGCAACUUAAAUUAUUUUUUUUACUCAGAUAUUUUAGUCAUAAAGUAUGUUCAAAUGCAUACACUUGCUUGCUCUAAGCAUUUCCUUCAUUUCUUAAAAUAUUAUUAUCAAAAUAGUUGUAUUCAUUCUGUCUUAGUUUUAGAUUAUUUAAAACUUUUGGUUAAUUUGUCUUUUUUUUCCUGUCUUUUUUAUAUUUAUAUUUAUUGAGACCUGCAGAAUGAAGUAUUGUCUUUGUAUUGGGGUGUUAAAGGAAUUGUUAUGUUAAAUUUGGGGAGAGUGUAUGAAAUGUUAUAUUUAUUUUUUUUUUUUCAUUUCAAAGAAUACUUAAAGAAAGCUUUCAAUAUGGAGCUAUUAAAUUCAACAAAUAUAAUAUAUCUACUUUUUUUUUUCAAAUUAAAAUUAUUUAUCACAUAUAUCUACGUACCUUGGGCAUGUUACACUCAAUUCUAUUUGCGUUCUAAGGAGGUCAACUUAAUCACCUGUGGACAAUACUAAUACUCAUAGAUCUAAAAAUGUUUUCAAAGCUGAAUAUUUAUUUGGCUUUGUAAGUAAAAAGUUUUUUUCAUUUCUAUUUUAAACAUCAAUUUGUUUACCUAUCGGUGAUUUCAGUAAAACUUGUUUACCAACUAAUUUUACUUGUUAUAUAUAUCUGGGUUUUUUUUUUUCUUUGUUAUAUCUCUUGUGUAAUAGUUGCUAAUCAUAAAUGGUGUUUUUUUUUGAGAGACAGAAGACAUUAAGUAGGUCGAAGGGAUAGUGACAUCAUUUGGAUGUCAAUAAUGUGUUAAAUAUUUAUCUAGAAACUAGGUUUUUUAUUGACUCUAUGAUGUGAUGUGAAAAUGGAAUGCAUAGCAUUGCAGCAUAAUUGAAGCUACUGCUCUAUAAAUCAUGUACACAUUGUUGGCUGCUCUAUGUACAAGAUUUUCAAAAUAUAUAUUUCUUUAAUUGAA